AUGGCUGCUGAGGUGCGACGGGACUCGUUCAAGACGUUCUGGGACAAGUACUCAGACAAGCCAGACAGCAACUCGAUGAUGCUUAAUCACACUGCGCAUGAUCUCGAAGCCAGCGACAGGCGCUUCACUACAGUACUAGCUGAGACUGCUCGAUGGGUUCUCUCAACGGAUUUCAUCGAGUCCUUCAUCGAGAAAAAUCAGGAAAGAAAUGCACACAUGGGCAAUAUCAGUUAUCAGAUCGGUGAUGCGGUCCAUUUACAAAUGGAUGAGAAAAGCGUUGAUCUCGUUUUUACCAACUGGUUGAUGAUGUAUCUCUCUGAUCGUGAAGUCAUCGAAUUCCUCUUCAAUGCUAUGCGGAUGGUUGAGAGCUGA